AUGUAUGCCUAAUCACUGUGAACAUGGCGGUCGCUGUAAACAGACGUGGGACAGUUUCAGCUGUAGCUGUGACGGAACAGGAUACACAGGAGCCACCUGCCACACAUCUAUCUAUGAGCCGUCAUGUGAGGCUUACAAGCACUUGGGCCGGUCCUCUGACACCUACUGGAUCGACCCUGAUGGCAGCGGACCCCUUGGCCCUUUUAAAGUCAACUGCAACAUGACAGAGGACAAAGUGUGGACAACGGUGAUGAACAACCUGCCCCCCAAAACCACAGUGACUGGCUCCAGUAGAGAGAGACGCACCGUCCUACAGGUUAACUACAGCGCCUCCAUGGACCAGAUGACAGCCAUCACCACCAGUGCAGGAAGCUGUGAGCAGCAAAUCGCCUACAGCUGUCGCAUGUCCAGACUGCUCAACACUCCAGAUGGGACUCCUUACACGUGGUGGGUGGGUCGUGGCAGCGAGAAGCACUUCUACUGGGGGGGCUCUGCACCCGGCAUCCAGAAAUGUGCCUGUGGCAUCGACAGAAACUGCACUGACCAAAAGUACGACUGCAACUGUGACGCCGACCACAAACAAUGGAGAGAAGAUUCUGGUCUCCUGAUUCAUAAAGAACACCUGCCAGUCAGCCAGGUUGCCGUGGGCGACACUAACAGGCCAGGCUCUGAGGCCAAGCUGACCGUUGGACCACUCCGUUGCCAAGGAGACAAUAACUACUGGAACGCUGCCUCCUUCACCACCCCGUCAUCCUACCUGCACUUUGCCACCUUCCAGGGUGAGACCAGCGCUGACAUCUCCUUCUAUUUUAAGACCAACGCACCCUACGGAGUCUUCCUGGAGAACCUGGGCAACACUGACUUCAUCCGCUUGGAGCUCAAAUCUCCAGAAGUCGUUUCCUUCUCCUUUGAUGUUGGGAACGGACCUGUAGAGCUAACGGUCAACUCGGCCACGCCCCUCAAUGACGACCAGUGGCAUCGCGUGAUGGCCGAGCGAAACGUAAAAGAGGCGGUCCUUCAGCUGGAUCAGACGUACCGUGCGUCCCAGCUCGCUCCUGCACAGGGACACACACGGCUAGAGCUGUUCAGCCAGCUCUACGUGGGUGCUGCAGGGGGACAGCGGGGCUUCCUGGGAUGUAUUCGCGACCUACGGAUGAACGGCAUCACCCUGGACCUGGAAGAGAGGGCCGAGGUCACGCCUGGGGUCAAGCCUGGCUGCCAAGGCCAUUGCACCAGUUUUGGGAUGUACUGCCAAAACGGAGGAAAGUGUGUGGAGAAAUACAACGGCUACUUGUGUGACUGCACUGACACCGCGUACGAUGGGCCGUUCUGUACUAGAGACAUUGGGGGUUUCUUUGAGGCAGGAACCCUGGUCAAGUACAACUUCAUGCCUGAGGCAGUUGCAGGAGCCAGCAGAGACUCAAAGAUCCUGACGCACCAGCUCACGCCACAGGAAGUGAAUCUCACAAAGGAGGAAGUGGCCUUCAGUUUCAGCACAUCCACUGCUCCAGCUAUUCUGAUGUAUGUCAGCUCCAGGACACAAGACUACCUGGCUGUGGUUUUAAGGCACAAUGGUUCACUGCAGGUGAGGUAUAACCUGGGAGGUCUGAGGGAGCCGUUUUCUAUAGACGUGGAUCAGCGUAACCUGGCCAACGGACAGCCUCAUAGCAUCAAUAUGUCACGUGUCGACAGAAGCAUCACCAUCCAGUUGGAUCAUUACCCUCCUGUCAGCUACACCCUCCCAGACGCCUCAGACACACAGUUCAACCUGGUCAAGACUCUGUUCCUGGGCAAAGUCUUUGAAACCGGACACAUAGACCCGGUCCUCAUCGAGCGCUACAACACCCCAGGCUUCGUUGGGUGUCUGUCAAGAGUGCAGUUCAACGGAAUCGCCCCCCUCAAGUCUGCACUGAGAACCACACCCACAGCCACAGCCGGUCAACCAGGCAGACCACCUGCAGCCGCCUCGCCAGGGUCGUACCAGGGCAAACUGGUGGAGUCCAACUGUGGGGCGUCACCUCUCACCAUCCCACCCAUGUCUGCUGCUACAGAUCCCUGGCAUCUGGACAACACAGAUCCAGAGUUCCCCUUCAAUGAGGAGAGAGUGAUUCCUGAUGGAGUCAACAGAGACUCAGCCAUCAUUGGAGGAAUCAUCGCCGUGGUGAUCUUCACCAUCUUAUGUACGCUGGUGUUCCUGAUCCGCUACAUGUUCCGUCACAAAGGCACCUACCACACCAACGAGACCAAGGGCGGUGGCGAGUCGGCCGCGGAGUCAGCGGACACGGCCAUCAUCGGCACCGACAACCCAGAGACCAUCGAUGAAUCAAAGAAGGAGUGGUUCAUCUAGCAGCCAAUGAGAGGAGACUCUGAGAGGAAGUGAUUAGUUUAACCACCCGUUGGUUUUAAUAGGAUUUGUGUCACAGCGGAGAUGAAGGCCAGGCCGUUCAGUGAGGACAAUAAUCUCCCGAAGAGAGCAGGAAUGUGGGAAAAGGCGUGUACAGAAGUCUUUUUUCUUUGUUUGAUUUGUAUUUUUAUAUAUCCAGAGUAUUAGAGAGAGAGAGAGAGAGAGAGAGAGGAGGGACGGUUAUGCGGUGCAGAACAGCUGUGACAGACUGUGCGUGUGCAUACUAACCGGCUUGUCCUCCUUUGUUUUUGAGAGUUUUCAGGAGUCCUUUGAAUACUGUAUAUGACAAAUAACUAUACUUACCAGGUUGUCUGAUGGCACAGAUGUAUUGCCAAUCUCUGUUGCAUUUAGAUUUUAUUUUUUAACAGAAAAAAUCUAAUAUAAAAAAAAUGAUCAAAUCAACCUGCCAAACCCCCCCUUUUUAAAUUCACCAGGCUGUGGUCACACCAGCCUGCCAACACUCCCAUCAGUCAAACCACAUGUGUUGUGGUAAUAUAGAGAUAAAAACAAAUGCCAAACCUAUACUUACACAAUAUUUUGUGUUAUUUUUCUUGAAAGAUUUAUUCAGAAUCCAACACAUGAACACCACGGCUAAAUUCAGAUCGAUAUAUCGCAAUGUUAUCAUAUGUGUGUCCAUUAUAUUGUAUUUAUGUGAAAUAUAGAGUUUUUAUGUUUAAAUGUUAUGACAUUCGAUUGUAUGGGACAUUCCUUUCUGAGGACAAGCAGGGAGGGGUUUCUCAGAGCUUGGGAAAUCAUGACACACCAUGGUUUGUUGAAUUCAGCACGGCAGCUUUCUUUUCAUUUGGACCGAGUGAAACCAGGAGCCUUCACUUAUUCCAGUCGGUUUGUUUCUUUGCCAAACACUUGAGUCUUACAUCUUUUUUUUUUUUUUUUUUAGAUCAGCUCAGACUUUUACGUCAAAUGUUUGACUUUGAGUUGAGAUCUUUUUUUCAGUAUACAUCCCAGACUGACGUGGUGCUGUAGAUUUACAAAGUGUGCAUGCGACUGCGCUUACAUUUUCAGGCCAGGUGGUUAAAAUGAGGACUGUCACAAUUAGAUGCAGCAACUCUAUACGUUGUAUUAAUGCAAUAACUAGAUGUGCUUAUAGGUUCAGCAGAAACAAAAGAAACAGUUCAACAUAAAACAAUUCGAUCUGGGAGCGGUUGACAUAAUUGGCUUACUCGUGCAUUGUGCCUUUAAGGUGCUGAGCUAUGCUACAUUGCCCCGAUAACUUAUCACAAAAAUGCAACAAAAACUGGACUACUGACUACUAUUUGUGAAUCCUCAGGAUGGAAUUAAAAAUGAUUGAAUCCGUGUUUUAAGGUGUUUUUUUUAUGUUUCCUAAUUUCACUGGUGCUCUUUUCAGUUUCCUCAUGGAUUCAGAAUCCUGCUUAUUAGUCUCCAAUCCUCACAAAGAUUGGACUUCUUUUACUGCAUAGCUGUGUGGGUUCCUAUGCAGCAGAAGCAUUGACGUAAUGUAGAGGGGAGCUGCAAGGCUGCACAAUACAUAACAAGUUUACACCUACCCGCUGUGAUGCCAACACACACACACACUCACACACACACAAGCAUGACAGAGCGUGAGUCAAGGUUGUUCUUUAGAUUCCGAGAGCCCCGUGUUCAGAAGUAGGAGGCUGCUGCUUUGUCAACACUGAAUUAAACUUCACUCUAACUGCGCCACUGUCAUCCAACAUGCAUCUAAAACACGUACAAUGUAUAUUUUUCCAAACCAUUUUCCUAUCUUUGUUGCUUUUGCUUACCUUACCAUAUAGCAUUUACUGAACAAUGUGUUCCAGUUUAAAACUAGCUGCCAAUUUAAAUAUUGCUUUGUUUGAUUUUGUAUGUCUGGUCAAAUUGCUGCAAUUUUGCCCCCUUUUCCAUGUGAUUGAAUGAUUUUGUACAUCCUCAUGGUUGAGUGCAAACUGUACAUCAGUGAUAUACAUCGGUGAUAUUUGUCAGAGAAACCAGCCUGCCUUCUAUGCAUCCUCAAAGAAGACUCUCUCUGUCCUCACAUCAAAUCCAUGAAGGCAAAACCAGUGACUUUCCCUUUUGUCAAUAAUAACUUUUACUAAGACUAUCCAUAAAACACACACACACACUCACACACACCCCUGACCGGGUUUGGACUUGGUUACAUUGGGUUAUCAACAUAAACAGUCAACACCAUAACCCAUAUGUUUGCUUUCAGUUCUAUUGAGUUCAAUAAAGAGUGUUUGAUCUUUA